GAUGACGCUUGCAACAAAGACCAGAUAAAUCCACUUUUUUUCAUUCGAUCGCGGUUCAUCUGAUUACUCUUUACUACAAGAAUCUAUUCUUUUUUACCACUUCUACUACAUAUAUUCGUUUCUCCAUAGUCCUCACCGUGGUAAGCGUACCACGUUCGUCCGAACCAUGUAUACCGCCGUCGAGCAUGACAGGUCCCAGCCAAUUCCUCACCAGCCGCCACCUCUUUCUAUGGAUCGCAUUGCUCCCCCGGGAGGCCCUGUGUACCCGACCUCAGUGACCGUGGCGCCUUUGCGCUCUACCGAACAUCUAAAACCUGUUUCGACUAUACACGGAGGUCGCAUAUGGUCGUUGCAUGUUGUUCAGCAGCCUAUUCGAGCACGUAUGUGCGGAUUCGGUGAUAAGGACCGACGACCGAUUACUCCCCCUCCCUGUAUCAGAUUGAUUGUCAAAGACGCCAAUACAGACAAAGAAAUCGAUAUUAACGAAAUCGAUACCUCGUUUUAUGUCCUCACGGUCGAUUUAUGGAACGCAGAAGGGACAAGUGAAGUCAACCUCGUCCGUCAUUCGGCAAACUCACCGUCCAUCUCUACCGCAACCUCGUCUUCAUAUCCACCUCCACAGGAAAGCAAUAUCUCGCCUACAUAUCCAUCGUUUGCUGGUCAACAUGGUUAUCCGCAGCAGUCGUUAGGAUAUCAUCAACAGGUUCCUGGUUAUUACGGUCAGAAUUCAAUGUAUCAAAACCCGUAUGCUGCUGCUCCACCUCAGGGCGGUCCGUAUUAUGGAGGGGGCUAUUAUCAGGGUGGCAUGCAAGCGCCUAAUUUGUCACCUCAGUCUGCUGCUCCGGGAGGCAUGUUUACAAGGAAUUUGAUUGGAAGUUUGAGUGCGAGUGCGUUCCGAUUAACAGAUCCGGAUAAUAAGAUUGGCGUGUGGUUUAUCUUGCAGGAUUUGAGUGUUCGUACAGAGGGGACUUUUCGACUGAAAAUGAACUUUGUCAACGUGGGAACAUCGCAAUCUCCAGGUGCUUCAGGUGCCCCCGUUCUCAAUCACGGCUCCGCCCCUGUCCUUGCCUCUGUCUUCUCAGAACCAUUUCAAGUCUUUUCCGCCAAGAAGUUCCCGGGUGUGAUUGAGAGCACACCCUUGAGCAAGUGCUUCGCUUUACAAGGUAUCAAAAUCCCCAUUCGCAAGGAUGGUGUCAAGGGACGAGGGGUAGGCGGCGAAGGAGAUGACGAAUACGACUAAACCCUUUUUCUUCCCUUUCUGCUUUUUUUUUCUUACUUCUCCUUCAUGCCCAUGAUUCUUUUCCUUUCUCUGGCUAUACUUUUUUGCUCAUUCUUGAAUUAUCAUUAAAAUUGAUAUCCGUUGGCUGGAGCUUAGGUGUUAUGUUAUUACUGGGGAAAUUAAAAAGGGAACCACCUAGAGGCGGUGUUAUAUUGCUAUUUUUCUUUGCCUGUCUGGUUAUCUUAUGGGAACCAGCACACAGAGGAUUGUGUUACUAGGAAGGAUUCGGCGUUCUCAGAUAUAUCCAUAUCCUUACCCCUUUGUCUUGGCUUUGGUUGUUGUUGCUGGUUUGUGUCAUUGCUAGAUAGUUCUGAUACUUGCUCAGGCAGAUUGUUGAAUGAAAUGCGAUUCAG